GUGUUUUUCAUAUCUGUGAAACACAGCAGGAUUGCCAGUUUCUUAGAGCACAUGCAUCUUGCUACUGCAGGAUUCAUCAAACGCUGCCUUCAUUCGAGGCCUGAAUUUAAAGUCACCUUGUGUCUCUAACUUCACACUUGUCUACCAGUCUGACUUACCACAUCAUCUACAGGGGCAGGAGUGAGUUGUUUUUAAGACUUUUUUUGAUGUUUUUGUAAAACUCGAUCAUAAACCAGUCAAAAGGCGCUGCCACUGAGGAGAAACAACAGGCAUCACUAACUUGGCAGAGAAAUGAGUCUGCAGUUCUGUUGAUCAGGAGCAUAAUGGGCAGCAGGCCAAGCAAAGGGAGAAGAAGCAGCAUCCCUCACGCAUCUCGACUCGAUUCGGAUGAGCUCGCUGAGCACCACACCAUGGAUAGUAGGUAUGCCCUGGUUUCUCUGUUUAACUACCCAUCAGGAGUUCCAUCAGACGCUCAGAUCAGAUUUGGGGAGAGACUCAACAUGCUUUCUGAUGAAGGCGAGUGGUGGAAAGUGAGCUCUUCAGCUACAGGAGUGGUGAGCUACAUCCCCAGCAACUACACGUGUAAAGUGUUUAACAGGUGGCAGUUUGUAGGUCUCAGUAAACAGAAGGCAGAAGAGCUGCUUCUCAGCCCUCAGAAUCAUCCUGGAUCUUUUCUCAUUAGAGAGAGCCAGAGCAUACCUGGUGCUCACUCGCUCUCAGUGCGGUUCGAGCGUCAGUCCAUCAAACACUACCGUAUACGAAGCAUAGAGAACGGCUGGCACUUCAUCUCCCCCAGACUCACUUUCCCUACGCUCACUCACCUCGUCGAGCACUAUUCUGAAGUGUCUGAUGGCCUUUGCUGUAUAUUGAGAGAGCCGUGCUUCAUUCAAGGCUCCAACAACGUUCCAGUUGUGAGUGGCCCGCCUCCUGUCUCAGUCAGAAAACCCACCAUCAACUGGAAAGAUGUCAGCAGCUCAAUGAUCUUUGGGCCCCCAAAGGAAGGAGUUGAAGAGUCGUUUGUCAGCGAGGGGCUGAAGCAAUCCAUUAACUCCUACCUUUACAUGACUGAAAAUGGCGAAUGUGGAGAAUGUGCCGGAAACUGGGACACGUGACCUCACAGCACGUGUGAAAGAAAGGAGACGAGUUAAGGCCGAGACUGACGGCUAGACUUUACUGUUCCUCUGUUUCUGCUCAGACAAGCUUCCCACUGACACACACACACACACACAGAUCAGAGGAAAGGCUUGGGCACGGACAGUACAGGAGUAUGGUAAAGACAAAUGGUUUAGCAGAAGUGCAGAACAUUUGGAAAUGAAGACACAGUAGUUUCCUGUACUCCAGACUGUAUCAGUCCCUCUUUACUCAUCACACUUGUUCCAGUGUGGGUGAUGGAGAUUUCAGCAUCACAGAUUUCUGUGUGGACUUUUUCCUGAGGAUGUGAUCAACAAACAGAGAUACAGAAGUGGGAGGCUCAAAGCCACUUGUAUUACGCAAACACUUCUCAAACUUUCUCAGCUUUCAUGGAUUAGAGAGAGUGAGUGAAAGGGCGGUGAGACCAUAAUGGUAGACUCAAAAGUUUUAUCUUUUGCUUAUAAAAAAAAAAAGUUUUUUUAUUUAACAUUUACAGAUCAUCUGUAAAUUCACUGUGUUCUUUGUACAGAUUGUUGAUUGUCCCAACACUGCAGUCACGUGUUAUUUAAUGCUGCUUAAAGAAAAAAGCU